CGAAUCGCUGUCAUACAUCGUUAUCGGCUGCCCGAUGGAUAAAGUCGUACAAAAACGAUCUGCCAACUGGGGCGAAGGAGAGCGAUCGCUCGCAGUUGAGUUGAUAUUAUGUAAAUCGGACAUUAUUUUUGGAAAGUUUAGAGGUGCCUCUCAAGGGGCGAAAGAGAAAGAAAGGGCCUGGCAAGACAUCGCCGACCAGUUGAAUGCAUCUGGGCAAGCAUCAUGUCUACGUACACCACUAGAGAUGAAGAAAAUGUUUGGAAAUGUCAAAAGCAGAGCAAAAGAAAAGUAUGACAAUAACAAAAAGACUGGGGGUGGUCCAGCAAUUAGCCUAAGCCCAACAGAAGAGCUUGUUAUAAACCACUUACUGAUGAACAACAAGUCUCAAAUGACUGGGCUGGAGGGUGGUGUAGACUCCCUUAUACCCUCUUCAACAAAUCAAGUUUCACAGCUGCUUCCACAAAGUAAACAUGUGACUGCUGCAAACAAGGAAACAACAUGUAUAACAUUUCAGGAAGUGUUUGAAGGUGAUAACGUAAUUGACAGUAAUAACACUACUGCGGUGACAGCACCCAUCAUUGAUUGCACAGGUGAUGCUUGUACAGAAACCUCAGAGAAUGAAACUGGACGAAAACAUUUCCUAUAUUUUAGUAAUACAAAAAAAAAUAAAACAGGAAAAAGAAAACAAGAUGACAAGGAAGACGAUUUAUAUGCACUGGAGAAGAAACGAAUAUGCAAAGAAAUUGAUCUUCUGGAACAAAGAAAGGCUCAAGAACACGAAUUGUUUCUACUUCAGAAAAGAAUUUUUCUAAAGCAGCUGGAUGAAUACACAGAAUGAAAUUUAUAUGCCUGUACAGAAUUAUAAUGUAAGAUACUUCACUGGUUUUAUGUGCCGAUUGGAAUAUUCUGCUCUUGGGUAAAUGUUUAUGCAGUUAUGAGGCUUGCCAAUUAACUUUGUAAACACUUAUCAGAGAUCUGAAUAUUCUUUUAGCACCAAAAGCCAGUGUUAGAAUCUAAUUGUUUUUGCCUUUGCCGUCUGUCCUUCCAUCUGUCUGUCUGUUUGCAUUAAGCUUGUCCAGCUUUCACAGGUCAAACUGCUGGCCAGAUUUCAACGAAACUUCAUAGGAAUGAUCACUACCAUGCCUGGUUGUGCAUAUCUCCGUUAUGUUCCGCUUUUCUGCACAAAAUGGCCACCAGAGCUAAAAACAAAAAAAAACGGCUUUCACAUUUAAACUGCUGGCUGGAUUUUGACAAAAAUUCACAGGAGUGAUCAGUACCAAGCCUAGUUGAGCAUAUUGCCGACACGUCCCACUUUGCUGCAUAAAAUGGCCGCCAGAGCUUAAGGUAUACAUAGGGGGAGACGAAAAAAAAACCUAGUUUAAUUUAUUUUAGCUUGAUUGUGAUGAAAGCUUUAAGCUUAUUGGAACCACUCUCGAGUGCAAUUCCUAAAAAAACCACCACUGGUGUCUUAUGAGAAGUCAUGAUCAUUACGACCUCUGGAUUGAGCGAGUAGGAUAGCUCUAGGUCAUGUGGGGUCAAAAACUAGGUCACCCGGUCAAGUCAAAGGAAAAGCUUGUUAUCACUCUAGAGGCCACAGUUGUGACCCAUCUUUAUGAAACUUUGUCAGAAUGUUUGUCUUGAUGAUCUCUAGAGUCUAUGGCCAUCAUGGCCCUCUUCUUAUAUUAUAUUAUAGAUAUUUUUAUCAUAUUGACAAGGUUGUUGAAUAGUCAAGCUGUGAUGAACUCUGGCAGUCCUUAUUCAGAAAAAUAUUUUAUGUUUAGCUCCAGCAUUCGUUGUCAUAUUGUUGUAUUAUUGUUGUUUUAUGAUUUUUAGGGUGGUUCAGUUUCUACUGUGCGUCACACCAUUAGAUUGUGUACUCAUAUAUUUAAAAACAAUAACAAACAGAGUAACUAUCAUAUAUUUGUGCAUUUUAUUUUCUAUUUUUGAGUCGGCUAAACGAUGUAAUCGUUUUGACGAGUCCUUGCUAUCCAGCGAUUCUCUAAGUCUAAAUGGACCAAAUUACACAGUGAAGCGAUGUAGUUCCAUUAGAUUUCUCAAACUUCAAACAGUUCACUGCAAGAAUGAAAUUAAGUUGCGUGAAUUCCCUUUGCUAUGACCAAUAUACGAUGUAAUCUGUCAUAUUUAUGACUUGUAAUUGUGCAAUACUCGAAUGUAACUCAUUAAGCAUAAAUGUGCAUUUUAUGAAUUGCGCAGGCUUACAAAACUUGCGUAACAUCCAGCGAAAGACAAAAAAUAGUUCCACAGGGCUCCAGAUAAGAUGCGUAUUAGCGUAAAUUACGUAUAGAAAUAAUGCAAAUACGCAUGUCUAAUAAUUUCUAAACGUAUAUAAAAUUACAGAAAUGCACACAGUGCUUUUUUAAAAACAAAAUCUGAAUCAUCUGGAUGCGUUAGGUAACAUAGCCGAUCCCGAUCAGCCUUAAUUCUCCCACAUUGAACGUAUACACGCAUCGUAUGAUUUCUAUAAACUUUGCGUGGGUUUCUACACACACACAUGAAUUUUGCAGUCAGUAAACGGAUAAAUUAUCGGAAGAAGAAGCUCUUACUGGUUUGUUUAGUUACUACAGAUAUUAAAAAUGAUUUUAAUUCUUAUUUUUCGAGAAAUAAACAAAUCGGCGAAACAUUAAAUUGUAUUUUCUUGUAGUUUUUGAAAUCGAAAGUAGAUCGUCUAUGUUUGGCGAAAUGAAACAACUUUUUUAUGAAAAGAUUUAAAUAAGAGGUAAUUUAACCGUAAACUUCAAUGUCAGAUACUGCCAAUUGCUGCUAAAUGUCUUCGUAUCAUCACAAUUUGUAAAAUAUAUUGUUCAAACUGGAGAAAAGUGUAAUCGUAUCCGGAUAUAAUAUUUUGGGUAAAUAUCGAGCUGUGUUAUGAAAUUUUAAGAAAAAAAAACUAAAAACAAACUGAAACUGGUAGACUAUACUGUCAGUACAUCAAUCAUUAGCCGACUCAGGCCAUUCAGGCCUUUGAUUACUUCUAUCUUAACUACAUGUAUGUAUUUGUAACAAAAUUCAUUUCUUUUAAAUUUCAAUCUGCAUAGUAUGUAAUUUGGUCUACUAAAAACUACUGUUUAUAUCUUUAACAAAUCUGUCAGUUGUUUGGUUAGUAGAAACUGAUAAUUGGAAAAAGAACCUUAUUGUCACAUAAAAGCCAACAGACAAAUAAGACAUAUAAACAUCUCGCCAUAUUCAUAAGUUAACAAACUAAGACAGUAUAAUUUUUUUUUAUUUAUAAAACCAAAGUAUACAACAAAUAAUUAUAGCAAAAUAUUGUUUUAACACUAAAUACAAUAGGCGGUUAUAUGUCAUGUGUAAUAACUUCCCAAGGGCAGAGCCCCAAGUGAAAUUAUUUGUACGAUGUAUCACCGCUCAAUUGAAUAAGUAGUAUUAAAACAUGGUGUUGCUAUAAGUCAUUUUGAUUUUAAUAAGCAUUAAUCUAAAACAGUAGAUAAAAUUUAAAAGCAUUCCUUCUUGGUAACAAAAGAAACUUUGAGUCAACACACAUUAAUAUGACAUCAUUCUAGGUAAGAAUGUUUUAACAGAGAAAAGAAUAUCAAAAUAAUGUUUAAAAUGUUUUGUCAAAGACUUUUGCAUGAAUUAUUGCAAUUAUAACUUCUUAUUCACUAACACCAUUUCAUGAAACUUAAGAAAAAUAGUGCUUCUGCAACUUAAAUGGGAAGCACUUUGCAAAAUAAUCUAAUAGCUGUUAAUAUAUUAAGUAAAAAAGCUUUUUUUUACUUUCUCGAUUGGAAGUUUCACUUACAGAAUUUCCGACAAAUAUCUUUUAAAAAAUAAAUGUCAUGUAAAAUUAGUUUAUGACAAUAACAUGUAAAAAUAUGAUUUCUCUAAAUUUGUUGCACCAUUUGGCAACGUUUACUUUUUAUGCAACCUUAAGACAUGAUUUUUGACUGUUUGUCCAGUAUUUUAUUAGCUCACAUGAGCACGAAGUGCUCAAAGGUGAGCUUUUGUGAUCACCCUAUGUCCGUCGUCCGUCAUCAUCAACAAUUUGACUGUUAACGCUCUAGAGGUCACAAUUUUGGCCCAAUCUUAAUGAAACUUGUUCAGAAUGUUACCCUAAAUAAAAUCUUGGAAAAGUUGAUAUUGGCUUAUCUUGGGUCAAAAACUAGGUCACCAGGUCAAAUCAAAGAAAAAGUUUGUUAAAAAUUCUAGAGGUCAAAAUUUUGGCCUUAUCUUAAUGAAACUUGGUCAGAAUGUUACCCUCAAUAAAAUCUUGGAUAAUUUUGAAAUUAGGUCAUCUUGGGUUAAAAACUAGGUCACCAGGUCAAAUCAAAGGAAACGUUUUUUAACACGAUAGAGGCCACAUUUAUGACUGUAUCUUCAUGAAACUUGGUCAGAAUGGUAAUCUUGAUGAUCUUAAGAUCUGGGUUGAAUAUGGGUCAAGUAGGAUUAAAAACUAGGUCACCAGGUCAAAUCAAAGAAAAAUCUAGUUAACACUGUAGAGGCCACAUUUAUGACCAUAUCUUAAUGAAACGUGGUCAGAAUGUUAAUCUUGAUCUUUAGGUCAAUAGGUCAGGUGAGCGAUACAAGGCCUUCGUAGCCCUCUUGUUUAAAUAUUUGUGAUUUAGUCAAAUUGUGAUUCAUCCAACUGUGAUAAUGUAUAUUUGUGAAGAACAAGCCACAUUUGCUGUAUACUACAUGUUCGAACUGUUACUCAUUUAAUGUGUAUUACAUGUUCAUACUGCCAGACUAUGAGGUUAUAGCUGUUUCCCACACUUUACAAAGUUUAUAAAUGUUUACUAAACUUUAACGUUUUUGAUAAUACUGUUACUGUUAUGAAAUUAAAUACAAUGUGGUCAUUAAAGAACAUUAAUGAUUUGAA